AUGCAGCUUACGGAUGGAAGCAAUUUCGGUUCAGCUGUUGACAUUGCCGCUCCAGGUAAGGGCACUUCGGGUGCCGCCGCUAUUGUAGCAGGUAUAGCUGGGAUGCUCUACAGCCUUGAACCUUCUCUGAAGGCUAAGCUGACCCCUGCUUACAUCAAAAGUAUCAUCAAGGAUACGGCCACCCAAGGUGUCAAGGACAGUAAAGGGGUAGAGACCCUUACCUUCGGCCGCGUGAAUGCUGCGGCGGCUGUCAAUAAGAUACUUGGAAGAAAAAAGGUUUAA